UUCACUUUUUGCUGAUUUCAUAUUUGGCUUACUUUUCAUGCGAUAUUGGAACAGUGAAUGGUGCUGUUUAUACCAUCGUCAGCUGUUUCGGUUGUUGUUUUUUUUUUUUAAUUCAACAGAAAGUUUAAAAAUGCCGCCCAUUUGAAGAAAUUGAACAUGGAUGAAUUUACCAUGUUUCCCAUCCAUGCUAAAUAUCUUAAAUAUUUUUGCGAGAAUUCCACGUCCGUCAAACCACCAGUAGACGGACCCGGAUCUGAUGUUUCCGAAAAAAUUUUCAGACUACCGAAAAACCGUAUGGCUAUCGCAGCUGCCACUCUUUCGGGGAAAGUUCUCUCUCUCGCAAAGAAUUAAAAUUCUGACCAAAGCAUCGAGCGAUCAACAUCAGACCGACAGACAACAAUCCAUGGCGGAUAUUUCCAACCGAUGACUGUACAGAUAAGCUCAUUUGGACUGGCUCGGACACAGCGGUGGUUACCAAUUUUCAUGAGUUUACCUUUAACGGCCAUCACGGAUCCGCUUCCGACUACGUCAGUAAUCUUUAUUUUCGCGAGUUACGACACAUGCGUUAUUCUACCACAACUCCUGUUUCCGCCUGUUUCAAAGACAGUAAAAAAAAACUCGACAUGGGUAGCUUUUUAAAAAAUAGCAGUCGCUGUUUUGUGUUAUGCACCAUUUUAAUUGGCAUUGCGAUUCGCAUACAGUCUCGUAUUUAUACCAAAAAUGAGUCAGACAAUUUCACAAUUGUUUUUCUGACUCACGUUAGAUAAAUAACUUAGAUUUCGUUCACAUGAAUUGAAAAUGAAAAGCAUUUACCUUGUAUCAAUUGUUUUUUUUUAAAUAACAAAAAACAAACUGUGUCACACAAAAGGAGCAAUAACUGAAUUCGGAGUCGAGCUCAGUUAAUUUUAGUCUUCGUGCGAUUUUUUCCACCGUCGUCCUUUGGUUAGUUGCGCGCAGUUAAAUCAGCACGAUUCAGCAGUUAGCUAGAACACUAACGAUCGUUUGCUAUUUUACUCACGCCACUGUUAAUAACCUUCCUCAGGAACUGGAAAGUUCCGCUGUUGCCCGUCCUUUCUAAACAAGGACGCGUGUUCUAAUGAUCUGAAUUUUUUCGUCUUUGGGCGGCAACGAAACAAGUUCUCGUUUAAACUGUGCCGUAUCUGGAGCAAAUUUCAUAAACGUUUUUUCCAGCCUGGAAAGUAUAGUUACAGCAUCAGAAACUAAAGGUAAAAUGAUUCAGUCAUUCUAAAAUACCCAUUGACUCAAUAACUUCAUUCCGAGAAAUUGAAGGUAUGAUAUCUCAAAUUCGUGGUAAGCAAAUCAAGAAAUAAAUUCUUAAAAUUAACUUUUAAGCAAUUUGCUAUUAAAAUGUAUAGAAGGAAAAAAAAAUACAAAUUACUCUCCUUAAAAGAGACUAACAAGGGCGCACCUUUCACUCAACAUUUGGAACAAAAUUCGAGGAGAGGGCGAACAAUUUCCUGUUUGGCAACUGACGGCCUUUUGUCUAGAAACCAUGUUUCCAGUGGAUAACCUCAAGGACGUUCAAUGUGUGUAAUAACACGCUGAGUUGGGCCAUGGUAAAAAAAAAAAGAGCAGCAGAAUACCUUGAAUCCAGACGGCUAUAAAAGAUGUAAGAAAAUAUCAAACACGCAACAGUCUUUGAUCAUAGAAACCUUCUGCAAGUACCGUAACAAACACAGCACCAAAAAAAUGAAAUUGGUGAUUAUACUUACCUGUUUGGUGGCGUUGAGCAGACAACAGCAGCCGUUUCCAGGUUUUGGAAAUACUUUUGGAAACUUGGGAAACGCGUUCGGAAACGCCUUCAAUGCUAUAUUCACAAAUUCGGCUAAUCAGCUUACCAAUUCAGUUCGACCACUCGGUUCACCUGGAAAUAACGCAGCGGGUUUCGGACCUAAUUUCCAGCAACGGCCUCCUGCCAACGGUUUCAACUCGCCGGGAUUUUUCGCUGCUGUGAGACCUAUACCCGGCCCUACUAAUAGACCCGUAACCAUUGCCCCAGUUGUCCGGCCUACCGGUGUUCCGGUUACUCCUGUUGUCCGGCCCACUGGUUCCCCAGUCGUUCCUGUGAAUCGGCCUACUGGUUCCCCAGUCGUUCCUGUGAACCGGCCUACCGGUUCUGCUGUUACCGGUAGGAAACGGCGAACGGUCGUAGAGAAAGUCGUUGAUACCCCGGCAGCUUAUACUGCUGAUAAUGAUACUCCAAAGCCAAUUACUACUACCGAAGCGCCCUCUAGCUAUUGGCCAGUCCCUGGUGCAGGCUGGUUCUACGGUUAGAAACCUGAAAUCGCAAUCAUUUUUUUUUUUUUAUCAACGCAUUUUUUCAAAAUGUAGUUUUCUGUAUAUUCCAAGAUGUAUUUUUAUGUGUGUCGUUAUAGUAUACAUUUAUUUUUAUCAA